AUGCAUAUUAAGAGCAUUCUCGUCCUUCUCCUGGUGGUCUGCUGCGUGUGGAUCAGUGCCAAUAGGCCUGAUUGUCAGAGCAUCAAUAGGGCUUGUCUGAGAUGUCCAAAUAAAAUCCCCAGAGCAAUUACUUUCAAUGACUUGUGCCGCAACAAGACAAUAACUACCUGGUUCUGGAGGAAUCUAUCACAUUGCGAUAUUCAGCUUAUCUCGUGUCAGAAUCCUGCACAUAAGCUGGAUUGUAACCAAGUUGCCCAGUUUGCUCAAAUGAUACCUAGACCACGUGGCUGAUUAUGUUUUUAAAUUUCAGGAUUUAGGGUCAUCGCCUUAAAUUCGAAGAGAAUUAUGUAACGAGACACUGAGCACAAUUCCACUGCAGUUGAUUUAAACAAAAUAAACAAUAAAAUACA